AUGGACGUUCUUCAGCUGCAGAGGAAGCUAAGAUAUGACGGAUUUCUGGAUGAUCAGUUCAGUCAGCUUCAGAAACUUCAAGAUGAGAGCAGUCCUGAUUUUGUGAUUGAGGUUGUCAAAAUGUUCUUUGAUGAUUCUGAGAAACUUCUUAACAACAUGACAAGAGCUUUAGGACAAGUACCUGUGGAUUUCAUCUCUUUGGAAAUAUGUAAUUUGGAGAUUGGAAAAACUUGUGAUGAUUUGCCAUUAUUUGUUGUAGUGUUGGGGCUGCCAGAGUUAAGAAUGUCUGUGCCACAUUCAGUUAUUAUUAUUAUUAUUGAAAGGUGUGUGAGAUGUUUACAACAACUCCAAAAUGAAUACUCCCUACUCAAGAACAAUCUUCAAUAUUUAUUUAGGCUUCAAGAACAAAUCCAAGCUGCUGGUGGUUCAAUUCCAACAAUAGAAUAGAGGGAAGUGACAUGAUUACCAAUUGUUGAAAAAUGAAAAAAUCAGAACAAUGUGAAGCUUUGGAUAUAACGGCUGAUUUUUGUUGUUUUUUCAUUUGGAAAGAAAAAAAAAUUCUGAUUUAAUCUUUCAUAAUUAUAUCUAGAGUUUAAUUAAACAGUGGGAUAAUGGUGAUGUGAAUAAACAUUUUGUGCCUAGUUUGCUACAUAUGUAUGUGAUUCUUUUUUCCAAUAGACUCUUGUUGUUUAUAGCUUCAUGCGUUCGUUU